AUGGCAAACACGCUCAGGUUAAUGUUCAAGCAACUGGUAUGGUUUUUACUUGUGGAAAACUUCUUAAUCUCUCCUGCUUUGUCAUAUACUUAUAGCGCUGACACAUGGCGAACACCGCAAUUUGACAAUCGUCCACGCUUUAAACAGCCUCCACUCCAACAAACAGUUUCAAGGCCAGUUCGAGUAGAAACUGUCGCUGUGACGUGCCAUUCAGACUACAUGGAGAUAGUCGUGAAGGCUGAUCUGUUUAAACUCGGUAAUCUAAUCGACGUGGAUGACCUGCGACUUGGAGUUGAACAGUACCAAGACCAAGAGCCGUGUAGGGCUACAGCUUCAGCAGCCGGAGAUGAGUACAGAAUAUUUGCAGCACUUUCGGACUGUGGAACCAAGUACAUGCUGAACGAAGACUCAUUGAUCUACGCAAACCUCCUCAGAUAUACACCCAGAACCACACCAGAUGGCGUUAUUCGAAUGGCUGGUGCUGUAAUCCCAAUUGAGUGUCAUUAUGAAAGGAAGUACAGUUUGGACAGCUCUUCUCUCCAGCCGACCUGGAUCCCUUUCACCGCCACAGUGUCUGCUGAAGACACCCUGCAGUUCUCAUUGAAGUUUAUGACAAGUGACUGGCUCUAUGAGCGGGGUUCUGGAGUCUACUUCCUGGGUGAUCCCAUCAACAUUGAGGCGUCUGUCAGGGUUGCUCACCACACCAGGCUCAGGGUCUUUGUUAGCAGCUGCGUGGCCACACUGGACCCUGACAGCAACUCUGUCCCCAGAUAUGUCAGGGGGGGGGAUGACUUAGAAUGA